UACCCUUAACUGAUGAGAUGAGGGUGAUAUUGCCAUUCUACAAAACCUCUGCGGUGAACAUACAGUAAACUCCGGGGGCGUCAAGAUUAUUCAGUAUUUGGGCGGGACUAUAAAAUCCGUCAUCUUGCUCGCGCGGAGAGAAGAGAGAGAGACAGAGAGACAACCAAGAUGGAAAAGAAUUUAACGGAAGCCGAAGACUUGGAGCCCUUGUUCGACUACAGUCGCGUUCAGCCUUUGAAGUUCACCGACCUCGACGAUGUCGAAAGUUCGCCGGUUUCGUUUAAAAAGCGGCGGAAGAAGUUUGAAGCGCCGGUUGAGAAGAAGUUUAAAGUGGACGUGAAAGAAAUAGAAGUGGUGAAUUGUGACGAUGAUGAGGAGGAUGAUUGGCUACCUCCACCUCCAAAGGUUGUGGUUGAGAAUCAGCUGGGUGAGGAUUCAACUAUAAAGGAGUUAAGGUUGAAGAAGCAAGAGCUGGCAUCAUUUACUAAAGCAGCUGAAGAUGUCCUGCGAGAUGUGGAGGAGUCUGUGAAAAGAAAACUUGGUGGUUCACUGGAAGCUUCAUUAGAUGGUGUGGCUGAUCAGCCAUCAAAGCCUCCUUGUGAAAGAGCUAAAAUAGUUAUUUCUAUCCAGGACAAGGAAGGGCCCAAGCUAUUUCGUGUGUUCAUGGAUGACAAGUUUGAGCGCAUCUUCAAAAUGUAUGUGGAUAAAGUUGAGCUUGACACAAAAAACUUAGUAUUUUGUUUUGAUGGGGACAAAAUUGAUCCAGCAUCUACCCCUGCUAGCCUUGGAAUGGAGGAUGAUGAUAUUAUUGAAGUCCAUGUGAAAAGCUGACUAUGGUUGUUGCCCAGCUACAGUGCCAAAUCGGUGUCUUUCCUUUUGGGAGAUAGAUUGCCUGCAGCAAUGAAUCUAUCUCCAAGUUUUUUGCCUUUAUUUAUAUUAUUUUUUGGUUGUAACAAUUUUGGCUCCUCAACUGUACAGUGCCAUUUAAAUUCCUGAACAGUCUUGACUAUGGAGACAUGGUUCAAGGGGAAAAAAAUGAUCCAGUUGUCUGAUCUGUACUUUUGUAAUUAUCUAUUGUGAAUUGGUUUGGAACAGGAUUACUGCCUAAUAGAUUUUUCAGAAAUUUUUCAA